AUGGACGCGUCCAAUAUCAACGAUAUCACACAAGACGCCCGUCUCCAGGUGCUCACGGGACUCUACUCCCAGGCCGAAAUCCUCCAACAGCUCAUCGACAUCUACGAACUCCCGGAGCACAGCACAAACGUGGUCCAACAACUGAUCCAAUCACUCUGGAACCAGCAACUAGAAGAAGAGACAAGCUGGUCCGAUGAACCAACCGACGUCGAAAAGCUCCAAACCGCGUUCUCCCGUUUAGAAGACGAGGAUCGCAUCAUCUGUCGUAUGAAUUUCACCUGCUGUCAGACCUGCGGGAAUGCCGAGAUCGGUGGAGAGGCAGAUGAGACACACAUCGGUCAGGGGCGGGGCCUAUCGCUGCGAUACGGAGAUCUCGAAGGGGAUAGUAAAGACGAGAGCGUGGUGGAUAUCGGCCAGAAAAUCGCUGCAAGGCUACGAGAGGAAGGGCUUAACGUGGACUGGAAUGAGAACCCGAAGAAGACUAUCGAGCUUGAUCCGUUUCAGUGGCGCGUCCGCCUUGGUCGGUCGUGAUCGGUUUACCAUUGCUCGUCAUUCCUGGCCAUCGUCGCGAUUCAUGAAGGAUUGUGGUUCGAACCUGAGCGUAGAAAGGUCGAG